GAGUGGCGGGCCUCAGCCAGUCCGUGAGCGGUACCUACACCUUCCAAGGUCCGCGUCCUUGAAGGCUAACACGUCCCCGUUUGCCCUCCGCGUGCCGAAGAAGACGAUCGUCUUUCGACGGCAGAGAGUAUCAGUCGGAUUUCCCUCGCAGCGACGAGGGGCCCCGCUUCUAGCGGCGCCCGAUCCCCAUCUUCUCCCACCGUACCCCGGAAAUAGGUAAGCUGCGUCGCCACUCCACUACGCGAUCGGUUCCCCUUCAUCCCUCCCUGGCCAGCAGCGUCGGGUGAACGUCAGUCGAGCGGUAGUGAUUGAGAGGUAAAGAGUUGGGUGAUACUCUGAAAGCAGUUCGUGGCACGACGACGACGACGACGACAACGACGACGAAGAAAAGAAGUUACAUUCCCCGUCGAGGGUCAGGACGAGUAUGAGGUUCUCGCUAGUGCUGCUUCUGGCAGCAGCUUUCGUCCUUGCCGAGAGUUCGAGUCGAGUUAAGCGACAGGACGACAAGAAAGAGGAGAGCUUUGAAAACGAAAUCUGCAAGGACAAGGAUGCGGGCGAGUGGUUCAGACUGGUCGCCGGCGAGGGUGACAACUGCCGCGACGUGAUUCAAUGCACGAGUUCCGGCCUGCAGGCGAUAAGAUGCCCGGCCGGUCUUUACUUCGACAUCGACAAGCAGACCUGCGAUUGGAAGGACUCCGUUAACAAUUGCAAAUUGAAGAACAAAGAGAGGAAGGCCAAGCCCCUGCUUUAUACCGAGGAGCCGCUCUGCCAGGAUGGCUACCUUGCGUGCGGCGACGGAUCUUGCAUCGAGAGGGGUCUCUUCUGCAACGGAGAGAAGGAUUGUGCCGAUGGCUCUGAUGAAAACAUUUGCGACAUGGACAAUGACCCGAAUAGAGCUCCACCUUGCGACCCCGCUGUGUGCGUCCUGCCCGAUUGCUUCUGCUCGGAGGACGGUACGACGAUACCCGGCGACCUCCCGGGCAAGGACGUGCCUCAAAUGGUCACGAUAACCUUCGACGACGCCAUCAACAACAACAACAUCGGCCUUUACAAGGAGAUUUUCAACCCCAAGCGCAAGAACCCGAACGGCUGUGAAAUCAAGGCCACCUUCUUUGUGUCGCACAAAUACACCAACUACUCGGCCGUUCAGGAGAUGCACAGGAAGGGCCACGAGAUCGCCGUUCACUCAAUCUCGCACAACGACGACGAGCGCUUCUGGUCGGACGCGACGGUGGACGACUGGGCCAAGGAGAUGGCCGGCAUGCGAAUCAUCGCCGAGAAGUACGCCAAUUUGACGGACAACAGCGUGGUCGGCGUACGGGCGCCGUAUCUGCGCGUGGGUGGCAACAAUCAGUUCACCAUGAUGGAGGAACAGGCCUUCCUUUACGACUCCACCAUCACCGCGGCCUUGAACAACCCGCCUCUGUGGCCGUACACCAUGUACUUCCGAAUGCCGCACCGCUGCCACGGAAAUCUGCAGCAUUGCCCAACCAGGUCGCAUGCCGUGUGGGAGAUGGUGAUGAACGAGCUGGACCGGCGCGAGGAUCCGCAGAACGACGAGUAUCUGCCCGGCUGCGCCAUGGUGGACUCGUGCAGCAACAUCUUGACCGGCGACCAGUUUUACAACUUCCUCAACCACAACUUCGAUCGCCACUACGAGCAGAAUCGCGCGCCCCUCGGCCUCUACUUCCACGCCGCCUGGCUGAAGAACAACCCCGAGUUUCUGGACGCCUUCCUCUACUGGAUCGACGAGAUCCUGCAGAAUCACAACGACGUCUACUUCGUCACGAUGACCCAGGUGAUCCAGUGGAUCCAGAAUCCGCGCACCAUCACCGAGUCGAAGAACUUCGAGCCGUGGCGGGAGAAGUGCGCGGUGGACGGCCCGCCGGCCUGCUGGGUGCCGCACACCUGCAAGCUCACCUCGAAGGAGGUGCCCGGCGAGACCAUCAAUCUGCAGACCUGCGUGCGCUGCCCCAACAAUUAUCCGUGGGUGAAUGACCCGACCGGCGACGGUUUCUUCUAAGCUGCUGGCGUUCCCUCUCGAGAUCCCUCCGUCUCGUCUAAGUCAUUUUCCCUCCCCUUCCCCUUGCUCCUGUUUCACCCUUUCCCCCCCCCCUCCCCCUCAUGUCGGUCGAAAAUGCGUCCUUGCGGCCCAAUGCGACGCCGAUGGACGCGCCAACCAAGUAUCCUCGAGACUUUCGAGAGCAACGACGAUUGCAACGAUGAGGCACACGGGAGAAAAGAGGAGAGAGAUGUGUCAUUAAUCUGUUAGACUCCGGCGAUCAUUCUAGUUCAAUAUCUCGCUGUUUUCUUUUUUUUUUUUUUUGGAGAACGAUGUAUCUGUGAUGAUUAGUUCUGCUCAGUUAGAACGCCGCGGAGUCUAACGGAUUAGAGACAAAUAAAGUUCUCUGCCCAUUUUCACAAACGUACCUUUGACGUUCAGCUUCAAGAUGACAUCCUGAAAAAUUUGCGCCGCGCGCCGUAAAAAGGGG